CGAAACUUUUGGAGAGUAAUCAUGGCUGUUUCCGCCGGGAUAUCAAAUGCGCUGGAACGUAACUGGGGUAUGGUAGACCGCGCCAUAGACGGGCUGAGUGAUGAGACACUGGCGCGCCAGAUAUCCGACAGCGACAAUUCCAUCGGUUGGCUCCUCUUCCACAUGAGCCGGGUGGUGGACGUUUUCAUGAAUGCCAGGUUCCAAGGCAAGCCUCAGAUAUGGAUAGAGGACGGUUGGUGCGAGAAAUUCGGCCUGAGCGACGACCCGGAGACGACCGGCCAAGGCUGGGACACGGCGCGCCUGGCCGCGUGGCCGCUUCCCUCCAAAGACGUCCUGGUAGGGUACUACGAGGCCAUGAAGGCCUGCUGCCGGGACUAUAUGUCCUCCGUGACCGACGAGGAGUUGAGCGCCACCAUGAGCCUGAGGCCCGGUUCGGACCCCGAGCCGAAAGAGACCAUCAUGGGUGUCCUGGUCUUUGACAACAUCGUCCACGGAGGCCAGAUAGCCUUCCUGCGCGGCCACUUGGAAGGCAUGGGCUGGUUCGUCUAG